AUGGAUUCAGACACGGAAAAACGGCGUCUUUCGCCUGUUGCUAUCAUGUCCAAUAGUGGCUACAUUGAUCUCAUCAAUGGACCUCAAGACCAGAGCAUCUGUAAUGGUUAUUCUUGUCGAAAGCGUAUCUCAACAUUCAUGGUCAUCGUUCAAUCUGGACAAACGUAUCAAAUCUUUCUCUCAAGUACUCCUCCUAGACAUACACGUUUUCGCUUGCUCAAUGCUGAUUCUACAAUAAAAUGUGUUUUGGCUCUUCACUACGAUUCAUUACAACAAAUCGAUAUCUAUGCCAACACGAUGUACAUGCCGCCAACUAAUCGAGACCUUCGAGCGCCUGGUCUCAUGUUACUUGAUCAACCAAAUAAUGUCACAUUAUUGUCACCAUCUGGAAGCAACUACUUUGAUAGAACUUCUCAAAUGGCCUAUAUUGCUAUUGAUGGUAGCACUAUGAUCGACAUCAAAGUAUCACCACUACUCAUUCUCUCUUUUGGCUUCCCACCAAUGGAUCCAGAAUCGUUUUACUCCAGCAAUCUUGUUGCCAAUUUGGCAGCUCUCUUGAAUAUUAGCCCAGACAAGAUUCGGCGCGUUAAUAUUGUCUCAGCCUCGAAUCAAACUCGUAUUCGUCGUCAAGCAUCGUCUGUUCUAUUACCCAUACAAUUACAGAUUGAACUACGUGAUGAGCCUCGCACCAGUUCGAUUGCCUCGACUGGAAUUCGAGCAGAAAUUCUCUCGAAUAUUGCUUCAACUAUCAUAAAUCGUUAUCAAGUAGGUGAAUUACAAGUGGCAUGGAGAAAUCUCAAUGUAACAAAUGGUAGUUUCCCAUCUGUUUUGAGUGCCCAAGAACCAUUUGAUAACUCAUCAGUUGAACUGAGUAUCAUCAAUCGACUUUUACUGGUCUCACCACCAAGAGACUGCCGGCAACAGAGUCCGUGCACGUUUCAACCAGUGCUCGUAGCAUACGAUGUAGCAGGAAAUGUCAUUCAAAAGUUAGGCUCAAACGAGCGGCCAUGGCAAGUGAAAGCUACUGUCGUAGGUCGGCCAAAUCUGAUUUUGCCGGGUGGUAUAGCUAAUUAUUCUGAUGGACAAACACAGUACAUUCUAUUCAGUCUACCAGAUAUCGGUACUCAACAAGUUCAAUUUACUCUGAUUCAACCGGAUGGUGUCAAUAGUUCAUUCUUAGCUACAACAAACCUGAGUGUUCAAGCUGCAUCUGUCUCUGUGACACAAGCAGUUCUAGCUGGCGAACAAGUGAACAAUGUCUAUGUUGCCAAUGUCAAUGAGACAUUUAGUAUUGCUGUCAUGCCAGUUGACAGUGUUACUCGACUACGUCUCGGACAAAUUCAAUGGGGAAGUUGGCGAUGGUCGGCCAAUGUCACCCUGAUUAGUUUGCCGAAAUUCAAUCGCCACGGAUCACUAGUCAAAAACAAUUCAUCAAGAACUAAUAUUGACCUCGUAGCAGGUACAGUUACGAUCACUAAUUUGGCCAUCAAUGCUACCGGUAUGUAUGUGCUGCAAAUUCGAUUGGUUGCUUCAAACAAUGAACAUAUCAUUGAGCUACCAUCGAAUGGAAUCCUUGUUAAAGAAAAUAAUGAUAAUUUUAUCACUGAAAUCGAUGCGAUCUCAAGCAACUUCACAUUUGCGGGCGACUUUGAUGCACUCAAUGCUAGCGGUGAACUUGAAAUUAUACGUGCAAUGAUCUACAAUUAUUUGAUUAAUAUUGGCAUGCCUGUCAUUAGUGAUAUUAUUCUGGUGAAAGGUAGUGUGGGCGCGAUCGUUCAGAUCGACUCGGAAAAUACAAAUAUAUAUACACCAGUUACAAGCAUGUUAGCGGACCCUAAUGCCAUACCGCGUUUAAAUCUUAUAAUGGUGAAUAUCAAUGGUCAUUCGUACUCGGUCUCGUCUUCGUCGAGUAAUGAUGCAUCGAGUAAUGAUUCAGCAAGUAAUACCGAUAAUUCGAAUAAUAACACCUUAAUUAUCGGCCUCGUGGUUGGUCUAGUUGGUGGUCUAUUACUUGUGAUCGGCGUUGUUUGGGGUUAUAAAGCACGCGAAAGAAUACUUGCUCGCCAUCGUCUUGGAGUAGGAGAAACCGAUGAAGACAGACUGACAGGAAUCGAUGAAAAUUGUGUCGCAUCACCGAGACUUGAUGCACUCAUAAGUGUACCAAAUUUGCAACCAGUUGAAUUCUCUCGAGUGGCCACUAUCCCACCAGCAGUCAAUGGCAUGCAUUCAACUCAACCCUCCGAGCAAGCUGAACUUCAGUCCGCUGCAUGUAAUCUUAACUUACGUGAUUUCAAUAAAGCUGAGCAGUUACUUCCAUCGACGGCAAUAGAAUUGAUUGCAUUCGAUUGA